AUGAGCCUGGAAAAGGUCAGAAAUGAACCUAGACAUGAAACAUUUCUUCGGGACGUAGCGAAUCAUUGUUUUAAAGUGGCUUCAGCUCAUCUUGGCGUCAUACCAGAGGCCCAUGAAUACGACAAGUUUAGGGGAACAAACUGGACCCAGAUCGUCAAUUUUGCUGCCGACGAGAACUCUCGGGGCCUAGUACUGGAGACUAGUACAGAUGGAACGGUUCUGGCAGCACUCGAGUCGGUGAAAGACGGCGAACAAGUGAAUGCUGGCGGAAUUUUGGUGACAAUGGUGAAGAGCUCACAGAAGCUAGAUGUGAAAACGGCCGUGGAAGACCAAAUUUUCGCAAUCAGCUCUUCCCACGCAAUGUCGCUUGCAUCUUUCAGCCACCUAAUGACAUCGGGCGUCUCGUCCAUCCUGGAUCAUGCAAUAAAAUCGGGGCGUGCAAUGGACGUGGAUGAAGGUCUACUGUACCGCAUGCGGUCUAAAAUGAACGAACUUUCGAAACUGGUCGCAAACAUGGACUCCAAAGUUGUAACGCCCGAUAUGGUGUCAGACGUCCAUCCCUUGGUAAGCAGAAUGGUCGAAGAAGGUGCCAACACUGACAACUUUGGUAGUUAUCUUAAUGAGCAGCUCAGAGAAACCUCGCUGCUCAACUUCCUACAGGCUACCGUAAUUCAUUGGACGCACUCACUUCAGAAACUCACAGACCUCACGCGUGAGGUUAGAGGCGGGACCUUGGCGGACGAGGUCGUCUUUUGGGACAGCGUUGAGAAGGCCCUUGUCUCGGUCCAUAACCAGACUAUGGAGCAAGGCAUAAAGCUCACUGUUCUGAUACUGCAAGAAGCGCGCAGACUGCAGACUGCAUUUCUCCAUUUGAGUGAAACUGCCGUGGUCAAGCGUUUGAAGGAGGUAAAGGCUUAUAAUCUAUUUCUCGGCGAGAUACCGAUUUCAGAGCUACACGCAGUUAAUUCCCUGGAUCAAUUAUCAACAUUGGUCGUGGAAUUGAAUAUGCGUCUUAAAAAAAUAAAAAUUUACAAUUAUCCAGUUACGCGAGCACAGGCGCUGUUAGAGCUGUUGGCAGAAGAGUUCGUGUCAGCCAUAUAUGCACACGUUCCGGAGCUGGGCUUAUUAGAGUUCAAAGACUUCAAUGCUUCAACACAACAGUUGCUCAUCUUACUCAAGGAAUGGGAUGAUCUCGUUAGAGAUCAAACCUUGAUAUACAGGGAACUUGUUCGCAAAAGGUCAGAGAAAAUUGUUCAGAUCAAGCCAGACUCUCGCACAGGUCCUUUGCGAUUAAGAAUCAAGGAACUGCGGGCACUGAGGUGUGAGAUACAAGAAUGGCAGAACGACAUAUUAGAAGCCGGACUUAACAAAUACGAUUACCUUCUGAGUGAUGCAUAUGAACCUCUUGCCUCCAUCAACUGCUUGAAAUGUACCAGCGGAACAUGGAAUGCUGCUCGAGAGAUGUGUACAAAGCGCAUUAUUUCUUUGGAGACUAAAAUCACCAGCGUCCUGAGGUUCAAACUAAAUCGCUGCGAUGAAGCAGCAGAGAUGUUUACAGUGUUGGAGUCUUUUCAGUCAGUGCUUUCAAGAGCAAGACUGCGCGCCAAUUUACAGGAUUACCACAGAACUUUACUCACAUCUGUGUUGUUGGAUCUGUCGCGGUUAAAGGAUCGACUUUCCCACCAAGUGCUGGAUUCCCAGGUUUCUCGCUUGAUAGACUUGCCUGCCUCGUCCUCUGAUGUGAUGCGAAGCCGAAAUAUCGAGAAGAGAACAAAAAACAUCAUGACAAAGAUCACUUUGAUUUUCGGCAAUGAUUGGAAGGAUACUAAGGAGGGCCGUGCCGUGUAUAAAGAGUGCCAGCUGAUGCUUGCACAUACUCAACAAGAUGCCAUUGUAAGAAGCUGGCUCUCAGUCGCAGCUUUAGACCUGAAUCUUCUCGAGGCGCCAGUACUUGAAAUUCACAAAGAGCACAACACCUUGUAUGCUCACGUCUCAUCAAAUCAUCUAUUUCAAAAAUCCUUUAAAGAAGUCAGAAACCUAAAAUGGCUAGGGUAUAGUAUCUCUAGGCCGCUUGAGAAGUCUUCAGAAUGGGUGAGGCGUAUUUACCCCGAGGUUAUUGAACUAUCAGAGGUCUUGGACACAUUUAUUGGCGUUGUGGAGAAGGUGAACACAAGUUUAUUUUUAAAAGCUCUCUUAUCUGAUCAAAUUCGGAGAGCAUUUUGUUUGCUCAGCCAAUGUAUGGAAACCAAAUGGGGCACGCUCGGUGCGGAGACAACGUCUCAAGAAGUCAAUGAGUUUAACAGCAGCCAAACUGAAAGCCGCGCAACUUUAGCAAAAUUUAAAGCUCUGAGCUCUGAGAUUAUCAAAUCCUAUGGCAUAACUGAAAAUGCAAAUGAUUUGCUUCGGCACGCAAUCCAGUCGGUAUCAGCAGGACCAUUCCUGGAAGAGGUUUUGAAAAUCAAGCUUGAACAAAUUGUUUAUCUCAGUAAAAAGUUCACGGGUCUAAAAAGUGGUAAUGUCGGACUCUUUCUUAAAGCUCUUAAUUCAGAGGUGACUGCUAAACUACUGCGGGCGUUGCAAGGGGAGCUGGGAGGGGGGAAGCUUCCCAAAACCUUCCACCGUGUCAAGGUUAUAAAUGGGAGAAUCAAGAUAUCACCGCAAUUGGAAACCACGAAAUCUACUUGGAUUAAUUAUACCCAAUGUACUGUUGAUACUGCUAUCCACUCACUUAAGCUAUUUAUGACUUUGCAAAGUCAAAACGAGGCUGAUCUUCCAGCAAAUGCGCUAAGUCAUUUUACGUGCAAAGCGUCAUCUAUAGCUAAGCAAACUUUGGGGCAACAAUACUCGACUUUAAAGACUGCUUCGAAGGCCUUCAACAAAUGGAUCAAAUACGAGGCAUUAUGGACUAUGGCGGAGGAAAUCUUACUUGAGGGGUCAACACUAGCCUUCGAGAAUUGCUCAUCGUUGUAUAUGGGGCUGAUAGAAGAUCUGAAGACACUCCAAUCAACUGAGUCCCAUUUAGAGUUCUCGGAGUCCCUUUCAUUUUCGCUUCAUGACGUUAAACAUGUAGCGGAGGUUAUGCUGAAAAAGUGGCAGGAAAAAUUGCUAUGCGAGCUGGUGGCCUUAUACACUAAAGAGUCCAAUGUUUUUCACCAACGCCUUCACAGGAGUAGAUCGUUGCUCGAAAUGGAAAUCCCGCCACUCAUCAUUUCUUCGCUUGAUGAUUAUUACAAAAUGUUCAUAGAGAUUGAGGAAUUGAAAGGAACAUGGGAUCGAAUUGAAAGCCAUCUUUCGCUCUUUCAAACUACUUACAAAAUCAUCAAAGAGAAUAGAAGUCUGUUGACGUAUGAUGCUGUUACAGGCGAACAACUUGAUCUUGAUCUCAUAUCGCUGAAACAAAUUUUGAGUAAAAGAGCGGAUUGGAUCGAAAAAGUCAAAAACUUCAUCUUUUCAGGCUUAGAACAAUGUUUUGAUAGUAUCAAACUAGCUUGCUGUUCAUUAGAGCAGGAUUGGAAUAAGGAAAAGGAAACUGAUAAAAAUACCACACCAACUGCAGCUCUUGACGCUCUAGCCACAAUGAGCAGUGCAAUCGAAAAUCAGCAGAGGCUUUUAAUUCAGGUGAAUAAAAUCCUCUCGAUUCUUUCGCACCCUACAAAAAGCCUCCAGUUUUUUUCGAACGCUCCGAAGGAGGUUGCGGACCAGAUGCGUGCUUGGGAUGCAAUAAAAGCAAAAUGGUCCACACUUGAGCUCUUGACACAGACAAAGUGGGAUGAAGUUGUGUUGCCAGAGCUCAAGCGCCGAAUCGAGGAGAUUUUAGCAGAACAGUACAGAAGCCCUGCCUAUCUUCAGAGCAAUGCCGUCUUCAACUCAUUUUUCACACAAGCCCGCUUUAUUUUGAGCGCAUACAAGCAGCUCGAAGAAAUCAAAGAUGUCAAAUUGAAUAUUCGCCAUUGGAAUUCACUUAUUCAGAAAAAUGGCGGCAAUCCAGACUUUGAGAGGACCACUGAUCCUGCUUCCAUGACAUUAAGUGAUGUACUCUCAGUAGUGAACAAUAAUGUUGCACUAGCUCAAAUUUUAAACGAAGCUCGCUCAGAGGCAGUCUUGGAAUGCUCUUUGACAUCAAUCGAGGAUCAUUGGAAAAAUGCGAAAUUUAAGCGAACCAAACACUCCAGUGGACAAAUCGUCGUUAAAGAAUGGAAAUACUUAUUCGAACUUAUAACAGAUGACAUUGAGACAUUACACUCAAUGAAAAACUCAGCCCAUCACAAACACUUUGAUAAUCUCUGUGAAAGUUGGGAGCUGAAGCUAAACAACAUGGCAUCAAUCUUUACGGAUUGGGCGGAAGCACAAAGACUAUGGCUGUAUUUGUAUGCUGCCCUCUCUGACCGCGAGAGCUCCAACCCUCUGGAGGCUGAGUGCUCGAAGUUCCAAGGUUUAAGCUUAGAUUUAUCACUUCUUCUUUCUAACGUGUUCGAGUCAGAUAUGGUAACAGAAGUGCUUAACAUGAGAGACUUUCACAAGCGUCUAAGAUUCAUCUUGGAGUCCUUGAGGAGAUUAAUGGAAUGUCUAAAUAAUUAUUUGGAUUCCCAAAGAGAGCACUUUCCUCGCCUAUAUUUCUUAGGUAACGAGGACAUUUUGCAGCUGAUGGGUGCAACGAAAGAUUUGCAGCAGGCCUCUUCACUCUUCGGCAAACUGUACAUGGGUAUUUCUAGUGUGUGCUAUGAAAACCAGACUAUAACGGGGGUUCUAUCUCGAGAAGGCGAAUUACUCCUUUUCGAAAAACCCGUAGAUAUCGAGAAACAUUCUAAGAUGAAAGACUGGUUGGUUGAAGUGGACAGCAGCAUAAAAUCAUCUGUCUUAACAUCAACCGAAAUUUGUCUUCGCCAGCUGAAAACAGGCGGAAUUGAGCUAUUUUGUCAAAUUUUUGACCAUUGCGUUUUCCAAGCGGUUUUGCUGUCACUUCAAAUCUGGUUUACAUCAAGAAUUGAGCAAGAGCUAGAACUGGCAGAUUUUGAGUGUACAACAAAGGAUGUCGCCUGCGUAAUUGAUGAACUCACGAAGCAAACGCAGACGACAAAAGACGCUAUUUGCAAAAAAAAGGCAGAAAACUUGAUAAUUGAGUGCAUUCACAUUCAAUCGCUGCUAAAAAGUCUUAGCGAGUCCAACCGAGCGACGGUUGAGAACUUAUGGGCCAGUAAUAUUAAAUAUUACUACCACGACACGGCGUCCGCAUCAGAACGCAUUAAGAUCAGAAUUGGCGAUCACUUUUUCAACCAUGGGCUUGAGUACAUCGGAAUUCCUGAAAGGCUGAUUUACACGCCCCUGCUACAAAACUGCUUUACGGCACUGACACACGCUCUGGCUCAGAAAAAAGGAGGCUCACCAUUCGGGCCUGCUGGCACGGGUAAGACAGAAACAAUCAAAGCGCUUGGUCAAAAUCUAGGAAGAAUGGUGCUUGUGUUCAAUUGUGAUGAUUCCUUCGACUUUCAAUCAAUGGGUCGAUUGCUUUUUGGAAUAGCUCAAGUCGGGGCCUGGGGUUGUUUCGACGAGUUUAACAGACUCGAGGAAAACAUAAUGAGUGCAGUGUCGUCACAAAUUGGAGAAUUACAAGAUGCCCUUUCGAAAGAGACUGGAACAAUUUCACUAUUGGGUAAAUCAGGUCCUCUUAAUCAAAACACAGGCGUCUUCGUGACGAUGAACCCCGGUUAUGAGGGUCGUCGUGAACUGCCGGAUAAUCUGAGAAACAAAUUUCGGUUAUUUUCCAUGCGAGAGCCUAACAAUAGUGUUAUAGCAGAGGUGAUCCUGGCUACUUUCGGCUUCAGAGAAGCCAAAGUAAUGUCUCUUAAAGUCACUUGCUUUUUGGAUGAGUUACGAGAGCGUUGCUCUGACCAAAAGCAUUAUGAUUUUGGCUUAAGAACUAUGAAGGCUGUGUUGAGAAAUUGCAAAAUACUUCGGCAAAGCUCAGAAGAAGCAAGCUUUGGAGAAGUUCUACUUCGAAGUUUGUAUCAACUAAUCGAACCUAGAUUGGAAGAAAAGGAUGUGCUGAUAUUCGGUGAUGCACGAUCUAAGCUAUUCCCAGACGUCAAGCUGCGAGCACUUGACGGAAGUUUCUCCCGCAACAUCGAAAGUGCAUGUUUACAGCAAAGGCUUGCACCCACUGACGAGUUUAUUCAGAGGUGUAGCCAAUUCUACCAUAUUCAGAAGUCCCAGCACGCUACCAUUAUUAGUGGUCCACCAGCGAGUGGAAAGUCAUGUGUGUGGAAGACAACCCUGAAAGUACUGAACAUGUUGAGUGGAGCAGAAAACAUUGUUUAUGUCCUUGAUCCCAAAGUGUUAAGCAAAAGCCAGCUUUAUGGAUUUCUUGAUCCAGUGACAUUUGAAUGGUCUGACGGACUAUUCAGUUUCAUCUUGAGACAAAUCACGCAGGACUCUGUUGGAACUUUUCGCGAUAGUCGAGUAUGGUUCGUUUUUGAUGGUGAUUUGGAUCCUGACUAUGUGGAGACUAUAAACAGCGUUCUUGAUGAUAACCGAGUCUUUACUUUACCCAAUGGCGAGAGGCUCAACAUACCCAGUAACGUAAACUUUAUUUUUGAAGUUGGGUCUCUUGAAGCUCUCACUCCUGCCACAAUUAGCCGCUGUGCUGUAAUAGUUCUAAGUGGCACCCUCUGCACCCCGGUAGAUGUCUUACGGAAUUUUUUGUUCAGCUACAUGGAUCGCACCGGCUUCAAUGCUCUCUUAGACGAACAAAAAGCGGCUGACUUCACCACGAUAAUAAACGAAGUAUUUGACAAAACCUUGCUGAAGCUUUGUGAUGUACUGGAAAAGCUCUUGGACUCAACGGGCACUACCCUCACCACCGUAAUUGGCACAUUUGUCUCACUUAUUUGUUCAAAAACGCUUCAGUGCAUCGAAUUAGUUCAGAAAAUGCAAAGGAAUGCUUUUCAGCAGUAUCUAAGAACCUCAUCGUUCAUUAGCAUUUUGUGGGCGAUGACUAGCGCGUGCAAUGAGGCAGAUAGAUUUUCAAUUGAAUCACGGUUGAAAGAAGUGUUGGAAAACUCGGAAAUUCAAAUAUCUUCCAAUGCCUCCCUAACUGAUUAUUUUGUUUCACCUCAAGAUCAGAAGUUGACUCAUUUAUCGAGCUUAGUCCCUCGCGUUUCACUAGAAUCACAUCAAGUUCUUUCUCCAGAUCUCAUGAUUACAACCCUUGACACCUUGAAGCAUGAACGUUUCGUCUUUGACUUACUAAGUUGUGGAAAGUCACUCAUACUAUGUGGACCUCCUGGAUCUGGGAAAACGAUGACUUUGAACAACGCUUUGAAAAACUCCAACCGUUUCGAACUGAUUGGUAUGACAUUCUCAAAGGAAACUUCAGUGGAUACUAUCCUAAAACUUCUUAAGCAUCAUACAAACAUCACCGAAAAUGCAGCUGAUAUCAUUAUGCGACCAAAAUCUCUAGUCAAAGAUCUUGUCAUCUUUUGUGAUGAAAUAAACCUGCCGCUGGCGGAUCCCUAUGGGGUGCAGCCUCCAAUAAUGCUUUUGAGACAAAUGCUGGAAAAGCAGGGUUUCUGGCAUGUUAAUACUUGCAAAUGGGUUCGUCUCGAAAGAAUCGUGAUUGUAGGUGCAUGCAAUCCACCGGAUGGUUCCGCCCGACAGAUGCUUAGUGCAAGAUUUACGCGAUUCACACCAUUUUUAUCUGUGGAGUAUCCGGGAACAGAAUCGCUGCGUCAUAUCUAUGAGACAAUGUUUCAGGCCACGUUCAAACUCAUCCCAGACCUGCGCGAAUACGCAAAGGAUUUUGCAAACGCUUCCAUCGAUCUUUAUCACACCUGUUGCCGGAAAUUUUCCAGGCAGAAACGUUCUCAUUAUAUCUUCUCACCUAGAGACUUGACUAGAUGGGUAAAAGGCAUGCACUUUAUCGCAACCAAUUCUUCUAUUCAUGGCUUAUGCGAUCUGUUAGAGCUUUGGAUUUACGAGGCAUCGCGUUUGUUUUCAGAUCGGCUUGUGGAUCUUGCUGACAAGCAAGCUUUUCGAGAUGCCGUCAAUGACACGGUUUCAAAGUUUUUUCCUGGUCUGCUAGAGACAUUCGAUGUUGAGCAAGACAUCCUAUUCACUAAUUGGGUUACCGCGGAGUACAGUAAAAAAACCAGGGUAGAAGUCGAAGCUUAUGUCAGUGAGCGACUAAAGGUUUUCACUGAGGAAGAGCUAGAAUGCUCCUUGAUACCGACCAAAUUUUUGCUUGACCAUAUGGUCAGAGUGGAUAGGGUUUUCAAGCAAGAGCAGGGGCACUGCAUAUUGGUUGGGCCCAACCGCAGUGCGAAGAGGUCUCUGGUGCGAUUUGUUAGCUGGCUCAAUGGUAUGGAAGUGGUGCAACUCAUAGUCCACCGCAAUUUCCACCUUUUUGACUUCGACAAGCUUUUGAAGUCUGUGAUGAUCAAAUGUGCCAUGGAUAAUCAAAAGGUAGUACUCAUGGUGGAUGAUUCGAGUAUUCUUGAUCCUGGUUUUAUCGAGAGAAUGAAUACCCUGCUGGCGAACUCAGAUGUUCCCGGACUGUUUGAGGGAGAGGAACGAUUAAAACUCAUCACAGACCUGGCAAAAAGGGCUGAAAAGCUGGGUUUACUUCUAGAUAGUAACGAUGAGCUUUACGUUUGGUUUACCAGGCUUAUUUCACAAAACCUUCACGUUGUCUUCACAAUCAAUGAUACUGAGUCACAAGGGGCGUCAAAUGUCAUAAACUCCCCAGCUUUAUUCAAUCGCUGUGUGCUCGAUUGGAUGGGAGCGUGGUCGGAAGAGACUUUCACUGAGAUUGGCCGGCAUAUUCUUCAGUGGAUGCCACUUGAACAAGACUACCGCAAACACGUUACAAAAUCUGGAUCGGGGCGCAAUAGCAGCCUAAGUGGCGUGCUUGUCAAUCUAGCGGUAGAAGUAUUUGAAUAUUACAAAGAGUUCCAAGUUGAGCCAUUAACGCACGGGAAGUUUUUUGAUCAGCUAGGUGAGUUCCAGACCAUUUAUGCUCAGAAAUCCUCGGAACUCGAGCACCAACAGCAUUUCAUGUCUACAGGUUUGGAAACGCUCAAGGAUUCUGUCUUAAAAGUUAAAGACCUGAAUACUGACCUUUCGUUCAAAGGGAAGGUGCUCCAAGAAAAAGAACAGGAAGCUCGGACAACGCUUGAUAAAAUGCUUUCGACUCAAAAUGAAGCCGAAAGGAAGCACGAGGCUUCUAUAGAAAUCAGGAAGAUUUUAGAGGUGCAAGAGAAGGAGUUAACGUCACAAAGAUCAAAGAUAGUCGAAGAUCUUGCUUUGGUGGAACCAGAAAUUCUGGAAGCUCAAAGGGGUGUCAACAACAUCAAAAAGCAACAUAUGACGGAAGUCAGGUCCAUGAUCAACCCGCCCAAGAAUGUCAAACGGACGCUGGAGGCCGUUUGUAUUAUUUUAGGUCAUGAUUUGAAGGAAUGGAGGGACAUUCAACAUUUCAUUCGAAAAGACGAGUUUAUUUCCAGUAUUGUGCAUUACGACACCAGUAGAAUGAUGGAUGAUUCUACCAAGUCUUUCGUUGAAGAAGAAUAUCUUACAAAGCCAGAUUUCAACUAUCACACCGCGAAUCAUGCGAGUAAAGCUUGUGGACCCCUCUUUCAAUGGGUUGUUGCUCAAGUCAAAUACUCUUCGAUGCUGACUGCCGUCUUGCCGCUCAGACGCGACAUAACAGAAAUCGAGCAUGCUAUUCUACAAACUAAAGCUAGGCUGCUAGCUGCUGAGGAUAUGAUUGUAGACUACCAAAAAAUUACCGAAGAUUCUAAAAAAGAAUAUAGCUCUUUGAUUAGAGACAUCGAGGUCAUUAAGUCGGAAUUGAAUCAAGUGCAACAAAAGGUAUCGCGCUCAGAAAACCUACUGAAAAGUUUGGCUACCGAAAAUUCGCGGUGGUCAAACAGCAUAGCGAAAUUUAAUGAAAACAAAAAUCUUUUGGUUGGUGAUAGCUUUCUAUCGGCAAUUUGUGUUACCUAUUGCAUGGGUCACGAUGCUGGGACGCGUCAGAAAUUACUCGCUCGAAGCAAAACGGUUCUUUCAUCAAAUCAUAUUGAAUAUGACCAUAAUUACAACUUUUCAAAUUAUUGUGUGGCUCAUGAAGAUAAAUCAAGGUGGACUGAUGAAGGAUUGCCCAACGAGGAUCUGUGCAUUGAAAACUUCUACACAAUAGCCAAAGGAAAAAAGUAUUCUUUUAUUGUCGACCCCGAGGGCAUAGCGACUGAUUUUAUCAAAUGCCACUAUGGUGGAGCAUUGACAGUGACCAGCUUUCUUGACAGCGGUUUCAUCAGAAGGCUUAAAAACGCACUCAAAUUCGGAUCCUGCAUUUUGAUAGAAGAUGGUGAUUAUUUCGAUCCCAUAAUCUCAACGCUUAUUUCCCAAGAAUUCAAGACAGUUGGAGGAAGACAGACAAUCAGGAUCGGCGAAGAAAAUGUUGACGUUUCGUCGAGCUUCAAGCUCAUCAUUUCUUCUAAAAGCGGUGCGUGCCCAAUUUCGGGUUUUGUCAGGGCUCGCAUGUCCGUGGUGAACUUUGUCAUUGACAAAUUUUCGUUGCAAGCGCAGUCUCUAGAGCUUGUUUUGGAACAUGAAAAGCCCGAGCUUUGUCGUAAAAGGACAGAGCUAAGAUUACUCAACGGAAAGUAUAAGUUGCGGCUUGAGUCAUUGGAGGAAGAGCUUCUAGAUGCCUUGAACGGCUCAGACAAGGGUCUGUUGGAGAACGACUCUCUUCUAUCAACGCUUGAACAGAUAAAAAUCUCGGCUGCCGAGGUUGAAGCGAAAAUCGAAGAGACAAGAGGGGUACUAGAGAAAGUUGAAAUAGCAGCCAGGAAUUAUGAGGUAAUAAGUCGACAUGCCAUGAGGCUGUUCUCUGUCAUGGAACAACUUCCUUCCUUACAAUGGAGCUACCAGAUAUCGAUAAAAUCGUUUCUUCAUUGUGCGACUACAAUAUUCAGCAUUAUGCCAUCUGCUGAUCACAGCAGACCACAACAAUUGCUGUUAAAUCUCUAUCACAGGAUCUUUGAGUUUUUCUCUCCGAGCUUAACUGAGGAUCACAAAAUUGUGCUGGGUAUACUUCUGUUCACCUGUUACAUUGAGUUGGACCGAAAGCCUUUGCUGCCGGUCGUGUUCAAAGAACUUUUGUCAACGAUUUCGAAUAGCAUCGAAGGUAAGACUCGAGACAUUUUAGAAGAUGGCAAAUUGAACGAGUGUGCAGCAACCACCGCUCUAAGCUACAUCAAAGAUCUUGACCGCACUAUAAGUGAGGGAUGCGUGUUUCCAGAGCUGCUUCGUACCCUUGAAUUUUUCAAAGCUACGACACCCUUGAGUCUAGAGGGCUACAUUGCAGCUGCUUCCAAUGUGCCUGUACUAAUACUUUCCGAAAGAGGUGCGGAUGACACUUAUCGGAUAUCUCAGCUUGCAUCAUCGAGGUCACUGGACUUACUCACUAUUUCUCUCGGAUCUCUCGAGAGCACAGUCAUGGCAGAAGCUGCGCUAUCAGAAUGCAGUCACUCGGGUGGCUGGCUGCUUCUACAAAACUUGCAAAUGUCGCCGACUUGGGUCAACUCGGUUUUGACAAGACGACUAGAUACGAUAUUGGGUGACUCAAACAUGUCUCCGAACUUUCGCAUAUUCAUGACCUGUGACUUGGAAAGUAAUAAUCUACCAUUGCCACUAUUGCGGAACAGCUGGCAUUUGGUCCAGGGCCGGAAAAGAGGCAUUCUGGCAACAGCACAGGACGUCUGGGGCGCCUUGUCUCACGAAAAUUUCACAAUUGAUCAGUCAGCAAAGUUGUAUUGCUGUUUUCUCAUAGCAUGGUUUCAUGCCCUUUUGGUGGAGAACAGUAGUUUGCAUCCAUUAGGAUUCACACAGAAAUACGAUUUUAACGACACUGACUACAGCGCCGGGAUUUUUUAUCUUAACACUUUAUUCGAAUCCAUUGACGAUUCCUCCAACAUACCUUGGGAAAAAUUGAACUUUAAUAUAAGUGCUAUCAUCUAUGGGGGUAAAAUAGACCACGAAAGGGACCUUAAACUGUGUACAGACCUUGGUUCCAGUCUUUUCACCCCAAAUGCGCUCAAUCCUGGAUUUAAAAUUGCUUCAGGAAUAUUAGCACCACCAAAAGUCACACACAAAUGGAUAGACUAUCAAGAGUGGUUUUUGCAAUGUCCAGUUCCCGAGAACUGGUCCGAUUGGCUGGGCUUCAGUCACGACCUCGAGAAGGAGCAACAAAAAAUCCAAGCUCAGAAAAUUGCCCGCUCUGUGCUUCAAGUUCUUGAUAAUUAUUGA